AAAGAAAAACGACUCUAUGAGAAAGAUGCUAAUACAUUAAGGAAGAGAAAAGAUGUUCUCUGAGAACGUUGGAACUAGUAUGACCCAGAUCGACCCCUGGGACAAGUUCCGGCACACCCUGAUUGAAGUGAUAGACUCCGAUAAUGUAACCCGGCGUGAACUUUUUCAACUGUCACAAUCUAAGACUGGAAAAGUUACGGACGGUAAAAGCUAUUUCAAGGCUUUAUAUGAGCAUUUCGAAUAUAAAAGGGAUGCUGUUGUCGAGUUUUUGAUCCACUUAACCACAAAAACAAAACUUCAUUUGGAUGAAGGCACAAUCUCUGUACCCUCAAUACUGAAAGAGUACACAGAGCAACUCAGAUACACAGAGAAGGAGGAGAGAUUGAAGAGAGAGAAUAACUGGAGUAAAUGUGACCUCAUUGGGAGAGAAGAGGAGAUACAGAGAGCCAUGGAUUCUCUCCAAAACCAGCGUAUGAAAGGUGUGUGGAUUUGCGGAUUGGGUGGAAUGGGGAAAACCAGUGUUGCUGAUGAAGUUUGUGGGAGGCUAUUGAGAGAAACAUCAAAUUGGAGGAUCCUUAAAGUUGAAUUAAGGGAACAGAAACACAUGCGGGAUCUCGUUAGAAGUACACUCAUUCUGAUUGGUGAAUUGUUGAUGACGUCGUUUAGAGAGGAAUUAUCAGAUGGGGACUUGGAGUACACCAGCAAAUCAAAUGAGGAGGACUAUUUUGAAGAUCUUAAUCAAAAUUCAUGGAGGCAACUUUUGAUUCAAAAAUGUUGUGAAAGCUCAGAUCAGAAUAAACUGUUUGUUUUCGACAAUAUGGAUGACAUUUUAGUGAGUCAUGAGGGAGACUUGAUGAACUUUCUAAAUAAAUUGGUAAAUAUGCUUAUUGAAGCUGAGGAGGAUGAAAUGCAUCAAGGGAAGACAAGGUUUAUAAUAACUUCUCGUGCAAGUCUCCCGUCCACAUUGACAGCUCGUGAUCUUCGAGACGUCUUCGACGAAGUUAUACUUAAAGAGCUUUCGGAUCAGCAAGCGAUGUUACUUUUCAAGCAGGAAUUGACCCAACAAAAUAUACCAUGUGUCAAAUGA